GUGGGAAGUAUUGUGUUUACCCAGUGGGGUUGUUGUGUUGACGUGGAGCCGCCCUCAGCUCACCUACCUACCAGGAAGAGAUUGACACACACAUACACACACCCACAGGAGGAAACACGGUUAUUACACACACUGCUUCAGAAAGGUUCAGUCUGAGCAACCUGAGAUGUUGAAAUGAAGAUUGAUGAGAAAGUUGUCACCUACUUUGAAUCUUGCACCUCACCAGUGGACAAAGAAGGAUACCUCUACAAGAAGGGCGAGAGAAACACUUCCUAUCAGAAGCGCUGGUGUGUGCUGAAGGGGAACCUCCUCUUCUACAAGGACCGUCCGGCCGACCGCGACGUGAUAGGAGUGAUUGUUCUGGAGGGCUGCACCGUCCAGUUGUGCGAGUCCGAGGAGCAGUUCGCCUUCUCGCUUGUGUGGAGCGAACCGGGACUGCGAACAUACAAGUUUGCAGCCGAAGACCAGGCCAGUCAGGAGAGCUGGAUCAAAGCCCUGCUGUCAGCCAACCACAGCUACCUGUCCCUGCUGGUGAUGGACCUGGAGAAGAAGUACAGAGACGCAUUAGGUGAGUUCUCCAGUGAACCAACCAACCCUUUCGUGAUGCCAAAUUUCAACACCGCAGAAGUGGCAUAUCCUGCAGCCUUUCAGAGUUCCAAGUCUUCAACACUACCUACACACCCAGGCACAGGUGUGGGAGCAGGACCCAGCCUGAGCUCCAGUCUGACGCUUCAAGCUCCGACCGUUUUGUCCAAAUCAUCCAGUAAGAGAUCACCCAAACUGUGGCCCAAGAAGAGCUCUAACGUGGUGCCUGUUAACACUCCUGCUCCACCUCUGAUGGAGUGGUCAGCGGCCUGUUUUAGCACCAAGGAGGAAUUCACUCAGCUGCAUGAAGAUUUUGGAAAAGAGGUGAAGGAACUGAUUGCUGAUUGGUCCAAGAAGGGACGAGGUGACGCCGUUGUUCAGGAAGAAAACUUGAUAGAUUUCGGAUGAUAACUGUGACGUUUACACAGUGUCUACACCUUGAUUUCAGUACGUGGUCGCAUUGCAAAGCUAUUAUGUAUAUAAGAAUGAAAACAAUUACUGUUGAGAUAUAUUUGUAUAUAAUUGUUGUUUAAAAGCAAAUUGUUUCUUUUUUACUUAAUUAUACCAUAGAGCCAAUAAAUGAUCUCAUGCUCCAAUGAUAUUAAUUCCUUAUUACAGUGAAGAGAUUUCGUCAUGUGAAGAUUAAAAACAAGCCACACGCCAUAUUUUUUUUAAGGACGUUAACACCAGCUGUGAAUGUGGCCUUUAUCUCACUUAUGAUUAUGUACUUGACCAAGUCCAUACAGUAUAUCAUCAAUCGGGCUGUGUGUUGUUAAAGUUAGGCAUGGUACAUGACAAGUUUUACAUUCCAUGAUGGCAGAAAUUGUUGAUGAAAGAAACUGUUAUGUGAUAUUGAGGCUGGGUCUUGAUUUGACAUUUUCCUACUUUAAGUACGUACUGCAGCUGCCCUGAUAAAGUGCCUGUUGUUUCAUGGUGUAUGCAUACAUUUGGCACAUACUACUUCAUCAUAACAUUGUGCCUUGAACUUUGAGUCUCUCACUUAUAGAAGUAUGUGAUUUGGAACUCAGCAGGUCUUAACGUUAUGACUUAAUGUUAGCUUGAAGAUAUAACAACGACAGAGGUCACCCUGUGUCCUUUUGGGUUUCCAGCACCUUAUACUUCAUUCUACUUAACAUAGACCUGUUGUCCUUGUUCGUGGACACUAACGUGGACUAAUAAUGUUUGUAGUUGUUUGUAUAUGGCAACACAUUUGACCAAUUUUAUCAACAGUAACAACCUAAGACGCUGUUAAUUAGGAAGUACUCGUCUUAGGACAUUGUGACUUAAUUGUCGUCUUGUUUGAGGAUGUUGGGACUAAAUAAACCCAACAUCCUCAUAUGAGGACAUGAUUUUUUUUCUAAACUACUUCCUGUUCAAAGACAAUGUUUAGUUAUACUGACCAGGUCCUACUGAUCCCGAACAGCUUGGAGACAUUAAAAAUGUGUACCAAACAGAAGCUGAGGUCUCAGGAGGUGACCUGCAUACACUGUAGAUUCAAACAUGCAGUAUUAAAGUCAUGACAUUAAAAUCACAAAUGCAACUGUGUCAUGCUAUUUUCAUUGUUAAGCACUCUUGUUGUUAUUGGUAGCUUUCGUGAUUAUUUUUGUGCCUUCUGUCAACUGCCAAUGAGCUGUGAUCUGUUUGUGGUCAGUCAAUGUGACGUAUCUUCCGCUGCACAGAGGAUUGUGGGUCAGAAUUGCCAUAUAAAUCAUGCUGGCUUGCAUACUACAAAAUGCGACCCGAUGCAGUAGAACAUUGUGGUAUUUUUGGCACACUGCAUUUGACAUACUUUGUAUUGGGACAUACUAAAUCUUAUUCUGGCAUAUUAAAUAGUUUGGUAGUAUGGGUAUUGAAAUGCACCAUAUAAAAAAGUAUAAGAUUCAAAAUGAGGCAAAUAUAUUAAAAUGGGAAGCUUAUCAAAUGUGCAUAAUACGAUCAAGGGUUUAAGCAAUGGGGAGUAAAAGGGAAAACAGCUUGGUGUGUUUUGGAAAUGGAUGUAGGGCUGGAGAGUUCUGAAAAUCUGAGAGGAAAAUACGAUUCGGGAACGCAUGAAAAUAACUUUUUUUU